GCGGACUCGAGGGCCGAGGGCGUGUGAGCGGCUGGCGGUCGCUCGGCGGCGCAAGAUGGCGGACAUCUCCCUGGACGAGCUCAUCCGGAAGCGCGGGGCCGCGGCGAAGGGGCGGCUGAACGCUAGGCCCGGCGUCGGCGGUGUCCGCUCUCGGGCCGGCAUCCCGCAGAGCCUCCUCAGCCAGCCCGCGCGCACAGCCACCUUCCAGCAGAGAUUCGACGCCCGGCAGAAGAUUGGCCUCUCGGAUGCCCGGCUCAAGCUGGGCGUCAAGGAUGCCCGGGAAAAGCUUUUGCAGAAAGAUGCCCGCUUCCGGAUCAAAGGGAAGGUGCAGGACGCCAGAGAGAUGCUGAACUCCCGCAAACAGCAGAGCGCGGCGCCCCAGAAGCCCCGCCCGAUGGCGGAUGCCCGGGAGAAGAUCAGCCUGAGGCGGAGCUCCCCUGCCUCCUUCAUGGGUCCCCCCGUCGGGACAGUGACCCCUGCUCUGAAGCUCACCAAAACCAUCCAGGUUCCACAGCAGAAGGCCAUGGCCCCACUUCACGCCCACCCUGCUGGGAUGAGGAUCAAUGUUGUCAAUAACCACCAGGCCAAACAGAACUUAUACGACCUGGAUGAGGAGGAGGACAUCGUCGCUCCCCUUCCUAGUAAACAGAUGAAGUUUGCGACCUCGGGCGGCUUUCUCCACCACGUGGCCGGGCUGAGCAGCUCCAAGCUUUCCACGUCCAAGGCCCUCCCUCUCACCAAAGUAGUUCAGAAUGAUGCCUACACUGCUCCUGCACUCCCCUCCUCUGUUCGAACAAAAGCUUUGACCAACAUGUCCCGGACGCUAGUGAACAAAGAGGAGCCCCCCAAAGAGCUGCCACCUGCUGAGCCCGUCCUCAGCCCUCUGGAAGGCACCAAGAUGACGGUGAACAACCUGCACCCUCGCGUCACUGAGGAGGACAUUGUUGAGCUUUUCUGUGUGUGCGGAGCCCUGAAGCGGGCCCGGCUGGUGCAUCCUGGGGUGGCGGAGGUGGUCUUCGUGAAGAAGGAUGACGCCAUCACUGCGUAUAAGAAGUACAACAACCGUUGUCUGGAUGGACAACCAAUGAAGUGCAACCUGCACAUGAAUGGGAACGUUAUCACCUCAGACCAGCCCAUCCUGCUACGGCUGAGUGACAGCCCUGCAGUCAAAAAGGAGAGUGAGCUGCCUCGCAGGGUGAAUUCUGCCACCUCGUCCCACCCUCCUGCCGAAGUGGACCCUGACACCAUCCUGAAGGCGCUUUUCAAGUCCUCAGGGGCCUCUGUGACCACACAGCCCACAGAGUUCAAAAUCAAACUUUGAGGAGGGAACGGGCAGGGAAGGCGGCUCUGUUUCCCAAAGCUAGCCUGUGACCAAUGGAUCGUCGGACUGGAGACCCUGAGCGAGGGGGGGUGCAGGGGUAGGGCGCUUCCUCACCAGAGGGGACCCGCCUUUCUGUGUUGUGUUCGGCCCUGUGCUCUGUGCGUUGCCAUUUCCCAUAGUGUGUGUCUUCUCCCUCCACCUCACCACCAAGGUAGGCUUGUGUUUCUCAGAGUGUCUCUCCCUUAGUCUCAGUCCCAAACUGAUCACUUACCUGGACAUGGUACCCCGAGUUCCCUGGCUGGCUCUGGAGGUGCCCUGGAACGUGGGCAGGGACCAUUUGCAGGCUACUGCUUUCUCUAGGGCCGAGGCGUCUCCUCCCCUUUUUAAACCUUUCAAACAAAUUAGGGAUUGAAAACCCUGCCAUUCCAGUGGGUCCGGGGCAGCACUAGAGCAGUGCCUCCCCCUCCCCCGCCGGGUCAAUGGCAACGGCUUGGGUGGAGAGUGGUCACAGCCCACUUGUCCUCACACCACGACUGCCCCACCCCGGUGUGGCCUGGAGAGGUCCCGUGGCAGGCAGGGGAGGCCGCUGCCCUGCAGGAGGGGUGCGCCUGCUCUGGCUUGGAGCGCCCAUGCAUUCUCAGGUGGCCCAGAGUCAGCUCGGAAUUCAUGUUCCCCUGGGCUAUGCCAAGUGACCCCCUGGGCUCUCUGGCCGUCUGAGUAUUGCUGCCGGGAGGGGCCUGGACUCCCCCCAUGCCCACCCCCAGGUCCCACCUCACGUGGCGCUCGGCACAGCCUGGUUUUGGUAUAAAUGCAGCUCUGCUAGUUGGAUUUGAAGGGUCUGCCUCCUGUCUGUGACACUGUGUCUCGGGGAUUAUUGAAUGGGAGGUGCUAGCUUGCUCCCAGCUCUUCCUUUCUGGCCUCGGAUGUUUCCGGGACAACAGUCUGGGAGGCUGAGAGAUCCAGUCGCCACCCACUCUUGUGAUUGACCCAACCAGCUGCCACGCCCAAGGGAGUAUUUCCUACCAUGGCAGUGGAGGGGAGAGGAGAAGGCAGCGGGUAGGGAGUUAGAAGGAUAGGCAGCUGGGUGAAGGCUGGAGAGCCCAGGACCAGCCCCUGAAUCCCAGGGUCACAUCGCUCGUGUCACCGUCAGUCUCCUGCUGGCUUGUGGGGAGCUGGCACGAGCAGGGGAGCAGGGAUCUGGACUCUGCAGAAUCAGUAGCCAGUGUGGUGAAGGUCAUAGCCCAGAAAACAAGGGAACCUGAGAUACCGAGAGUCUUCCAUGUCCUGCUUGAGGCCACCCCAGUGAGGAAAAACCUAGAAACUCAUGUUUGCAGAGAUAAGUCUGUCAAGCAGGGAGGGCCCAUGGUUUGAAUCCAGCUCCAUUGCCCAGACCAGGAAGUCCCAGAAUGUGCCUGAUGUUGCUCCACUUUCUGGUUCUGCCAAGACGCUGCUUUUCUCCCCUCUCCCCCUCGAACGGGUGCAAAGUUAGUUCUCUUCAGCCGCCGGAAGACAUUCCUCCCACACUCUGCCUUCUUGGGCCGAGCGCGCACCCAGGCAGCAGGACCUGAUUUCUCAAAUCCUGGGGCCAGUUGGAUUACUGCCUCCACGCUGCUCUGAGUGGGGACGGUAACACCCCCUUCUGCCCGCCCCUCCCGCCAUGUGCCAGCCGUCCUGGUUUUAGAAUUGGAGGGAUGAAUGGCCGUUCCCUGGCCAUCUGGAUGUCGGGGUGCUAUCCUUUGGGUAGCCGUAUGGUACCUGGCCAGGCGGUAUCUGUUCGCCUCCCUGCUCUACGUGGGAUCUCGUCCUGGGAAGCAGGGAGGAGAAACCGCCCUGGGCCCCGCUCCCCUUCCCACGCCCCUGCGUCACCAUCCGUUUCUCUGUUGUUCAGAAGGAGAGGAAGAGGCAUUAGGGACGGAGGAGACACUGUUACCCAUUUCUGAUUAAACGUUUGUUAUUCCUACCCUUCGUGCUGUCAUUUCUUAAAGACUCUGU